AUGGUGACGACACGUGCCCAAGAGCGGGCAGAGGCUACUUCAGGCCAGAAACCAACCAAAGCCGAACAACCAAUUCCAGCGAAGAAACAUACGGCGGAAAAGAAGAACAUCCAGAAGGCUGCAGGGAAAGUAGAGAAACGCAAAUUACCUAAAAGGGGGGAAGAAGAACACAAGAAAGGGGCUGAGAAGCCAGUAUCCAACGCUGUCCGCAACGACAUUGAUAAGCUGAUUGCCAAGAGGGGGUCACUUCCGUUAGACGACCUCAAUCUACGAUCUCGACCCAAGCCCGGGACCGAAAUGAUCUUAGCAUUGCUUAUGGAAGCUAUGCUCAAAGCGGCGCCGAUCUCGCACCAGAAAGCGGAGGCGACGCUUGGGCUGCUGCUGGAGCAUGGCUUUCAAGAUGUAAAUAACUUGAAGAAUAGCUCCUGGGACGAAAGGGCCAAAGUACUCAUCCAGGGAGGAUAUCGACAUUACUAUAAAAGGGCGGCAUCGAACUUGGCUGAAUUGGCGGAUUGGGUGAUUGAUAAAUACGAGGGCGACCUGGAAAAUUUCCAUGCCGAAACCGGCGGCUCCAAUUCAAGGAUUAGAUCGACACUGAAAGAGAUCAAAGGCUUUGGCGAUGUCGCUGUUGACAUAUUCCUCGCUUCAGUCCAAUCCGCUUGGCCUGAGACAGCACCAUUUAUUGCGGAGCGAAGUUUACAAACCGCUGAACAUAUUGGGAUUGGAACGGAUGUCGAAGCAAUUUUCAAAACUCUGCAUUCCGAUUCAAAAGAUAUGUGCAAGCUGGCUAGGGCUUUGACUGAGAUCCGGCUGGAAAAGGAAGAGCAGGAGUUCCAAGUGCAUGAGGAAUGA